AUGGACCGCACACCUCGAGGGAGUCGCGUUCGCUAUGAAGGCGAUUCUCCCUUACCCCAGUUGAUCCCCCUCCUGCACGAGUCCUCGGACGAGCAACCGGAUUUACUCUCACACGACAGCAUCGUCCGCAGGCUUGAGAUAUCUCAGAUGUUUGAUAUCCCAGAGCGAGCUAGCAGCAAAAGAGCCUUUGCGGAAAUUGGAGCGGACAAGGAUAAGAGAAAGCUUCUUGAUGUCGACAUUGAAAGGGUGGGAAAGAAGAUGAAAAAGCUUCGAAUAUGA